UCGCGGAUGGUCGUUGCAAGGCACGCAAGAAAGAGCGAAACGGGACCCCAUACACAGCGCAUCUGUACUCGUUUCGUUAUACGUACAAUCAGCGGCUUGCAGUGUGUCGUGUCGAAAUAGUUCGUCGCCUCGUAGACGAGCGGCUACGUCAGCGGCAAGAGGCCCAAGCACAAUGGCCGCAGGCCCUGCACCUGCGUCUGCCGGCCAGAACGGAGCGGUCGACAACAGCAAUGGAAUCUCCUCCGCAGAGCUGCAGGCGAGCACGUCAACCUUGAACAGUGCGCACCCGGUGGCGGCGCACAAACCUCCCAACGGUACCAGCGGUGUCAGCCGCUACGCCCAGGAUGCUGUGUCCAAGCUGAAGGUAUGGAGCUCGGUUACCGCCAUCCAUGCUUCCAAUGCAUGGAAAAGCGCCAGCUUGGCCAUGUCGCAUACCGUGUCGCAAGCCAGCCACACAGUCCAAGGCUGUUUCCCCUCAAACGCUUAUACCGCCCUCCCUACAUCCGACGAGCAGGAACCAGACGAAGAAGAGGGAGCAGGACGACGUCAUGGGGCCAAAUGGCGGCAGCGUCACCCGCUGGGGUUCCGUUCCCUCCUUUUCGCUGCGGCAUUGCUCGCCCUCUUCCUGGCUGCGAUCGCCGCCAUGCUCCUGCAUCUCUUCCUCGGCACACUCUCCGCGCCGUCACCCGAGAGGCAGAAGGCCAUCCUCGACUCGUCGCUCCUGCUCAAGGGACCCGACACGAUCUCGGUACUGAACAUCUCCGAUGCAGGUGUCAGUGUCGCCGUCUCCGGCUGGCUUGGCAUGGACCCAGACAAAGCGCUGGAUCUGUGGCUUGGCGAGAAGGACAAGAUGAGCGCGUGGAAGCGCUGGGAUCGCAGCUGGGUGGAGUGGGUGCUGAAGGACGUCAAGGCCGUCAAGGUCGAGGUGGGCGAGAUUCGCAUCGCAGAGCCGGAUUGGAACGUCGAUAUUCCCGAGCAGAAGAUCGACCUGUUCGGCAACAACAGCAGGAAUGGCGGCGACCACAACGACGGCUUCCGUGCGCUCGAUGAUGCCAUGCCAGCCCCGCAAGCUCCCCUCGACUUUAUCUCUUUCCAAACCGACCCGCUCAUCAUUCCUAUUCCGCGCUUGCUCCAUGCGGGUCAAGCUGCGCAGUUCGACCGCAAGGAGGAAGUUGACGGAGAGCGGAGCACGAACCGCACGUACAGUACAAUGCAUCCGAUCCGUCUCGAGCUGCUCUUCAAGCCCGCAACACCCGCAGAGAACAUCAUUGCGUUCGCUAAUGCGUCGUUUGCGCGCAAGCAUAUCACACUUGACCUCAAGGUGGCUGGCUUGCACGUCAGCGGCUUGGACGCCAAGGCUCUGGAGCGCGAGAAGGAGGCGACGAAGGGUGCGGCUAAGACGACGAAGAGCGGUGGCGUUGCUAAGUGGAUCGACCUUCGCGAAGGCCAAAUUCGCAAGCGCUUUACGCAAAAGAUCCCCGAAUCGGAAAACAGCACAGAUACAUCCCAUCUGCUAGACUUGACCGGCUACGACUUUUUCGAGAUCGGCGCUGACUCGUACAAGCAGGCGAACGAGCUCAGCGGCAGUGACAGUGGCAGCAGCAGCCCUGCGGACAUCGUCCGCGCUCUCCUCGUCGACACGGCUGCCAACACUCUCAACACGAUGGCCACUCGCGCGCUCGGCGUCCGGGCCCAUGCCGUCGCGAUAAACCCGCUCGGAAAGCUGCUCAAAGGCCGCGUGCCGUACUCCUUGCCUUUUGGCAUAUUCCUGCCCACCACGCCUCCUGAAGGUGCAUCGCCUAGCUCUCCGCUUCCUUCCAAGGGCGGGGAAAACGCCGACAUGGAUGGCAACAAGGCUCUGAGAGGAACGGAGAAGAAGAAGAAGAAAGGGGGGAAGGCACCACAAGAUGGCGGAGAUGGUGAUGAUGGAGCAGACCAACCGGGCAGCGAAGAUGGACUCGUCCUGCUGGCUGUUGCCGCGGCCGACCCGUUCGAGCUCAAGGGUGAGGAGCACAUCAAGCUGGAGCUGCUCGGUCGCGUUGUGCCUCCGCCAGAGGACGUGCUACCUUCCGCAGCUGCAGCAGCAGGGCAGGCGCUCGCAACGGGACAGCAAAUUGUCUUUGCAUCCGGCCACAACGACGCGCUUCAUGCCAUGGACGAGAAACCUGCACAGCGGGCACUCUCGGACUUUUUGAGCAAGUUCCUGCGCGGAGAGCCGAACACGGUCAUGGUUCACGGUGGCAACCCGUUCCUGGCGACUGCCAGCGCACGCUCCAACAGCUCCACGCGCCGCAGCGCAAAGGAGGGCGAUGGCGAGGAUGGUCUGCCUGGAGGCGGGUCGCUCCUGCCAGAUUGGCUGGACAAUGCGUUGCGGCAGUUACAGCUGCCGAUCUUGUUCCCGGGCAGCAAAGUGACGGACCUGAUCAAGAACGUGUCCAUCUCCGACCUCAAGAUCCACCCGCAUCCCUUCGAAGCGGAGAAGUUGCUGUGCGACGGCACGGUCACCGGCGUCGUCGACUUGCCAGGCCAGCUAUCGACUGUCGAUGUGCAGAUCACCGACCUCUGGCCAGACAUUGUCGUGUACAAUGGCAAGCCGCCAGGGAUGAAGUAUCGCGACGGCGGUGGUGGAAAGGACGACGAGGAGAAGGAGGAGGGCGUGCUGGAUGGUGAGAGCGUACGUGCGCUGUAUGCCGCCUCUGCGGCUACUACGAGCGCGACGAUGUCCAAGAAACCACCGCCGGAGGAGCCAGAGCCGGCGCCGCCGCUGCCGGAUCCAUUGCCGAAACACGCGUUUGGGCGCGUGCGCCCGCACGACUUUACGGCGGCAUCGACGUACAUCGACCCGGCGGACCCGGCGGGGAAGCGGAAGCUGCUUAGGUGCGAGCUGAAAAACGUGCCAUUCGAGCUACUCCCGGGGCGCAACGAGGAUUUCCGCAACUUCACGUGGAAGAUCAUCACGGGGGCUGGCGCGCUCGCGGGCAUCGAGGGGAGCGCGCGCGCCAAGAUCUGGAACUCGGGCCUGGGUAAGCUGGAGCUCAAGAACCUGCCUGUCAGCGGCGCGUUCGUUGUCGGCAGACGUGGCGGCGGCGGCGGCGGCGGCGGAGGGGAUGACGAUGAUGACGAUGACAGCGGCGACGAUAGAUGGUAGUCUCUGUGUGCUCUUAUUUUCUCCUUCCGUUCAGUGUUGUAUAGUAGCCUACAGCUUUCCAAGCUCAAGAUGUGCGAUUCCG